AUGCGAUUUUAUAUCCUGUUGACGCUGGGCUGGGCUGCAUGGCGAACCCUUGCAAACCCAGCAGCUGAGCGAUCACCACUAGCGUUACUGAGUCUUCUUUCUGCAGCCCAGUCGACCUCCUCCGAGGCAUCGGAGUUGUCCACCGUCUCCUUCACCAUUUCUACGGAUUCUACCGAGUCAGACUCGACAGUUCUUUCAACAUCCAGCUUGACUACUGAGGCAUCGUCUGUACCCACGACCGACACUACGACUCUCUCCACUACAACCUCAGCUUCUCCGGAUACAACAUCUUCUCCCGCCACCACUUCCUCUGUAGCCUCCAUUGUAUACAGAGCUAAAGCCCAGGAUGGCCCUAUUCCCGACGCUUCAGUCCGCUAUUUACCAAAUUCCGGGGGUCUUCUGGAGAUAGCCAAUACACCUACUGGUGGCUCCAUGGAGGCAAUACUGUCAAUCGAACCGGACACAGGAUACCUCUUGUCAAAUGGUCAUGGAAUGUGCACGGUCUAUGACAGCGGCAACAGAUACGCUGUCAUUCAGGCAUGCUACGACUUCGAGGCUGCAUGGAAAACGCGCUUCACCUGCGAAAUUGAUAACGGUGGUUCGCUGCAAUGUAGAGCGCCGAAGCUCUCGUGCUCUAUGACUCAAGACGACGAUGACAAUAGCGUCACUACCUGUACAAACACUGGGGAAUUUUGGACUCAGCUUUAUGCUCGCUAUAUUGUUGCAGGGAAGUAUGGCAUUGGCAUUGGCCCUGCGAAUCUGCCAACUUCUCUUUGGACACCGGUUCGUCUCUUGCUUCAAGAGCUAGAGUCUUAA